CUUGCUUCUCCAAAAGGUCGUCCCUGGCUCCCCCGCUUCGUUGUGACCACUAAUCCCCACUCGCCAAUUUCUAUCCAAUAUUAGGCAAUCAUUCUGCCAGGGCUGUUGUUGCCAUGGGUGCCGAGCCCGAGAUUCCAAAUGUGACAAGGGUCACAAUUUCAGGGGUAGACGGUCCUGCGGUUCAAGUCCAGUCUCAAGUCCUGGCAUCCAGUCGCAGACCUCAACGAGCCCCCAGCCUCAUGAAUUUUCAGCGGUGAGAGACGACUGUGAGAACGGUUGAAUCAAGUUCGCCGCUGGAGAUAGGGCUACCUACUUUGGCUUGUCGGACUGUUGUUUGGGCUGGUCCUAGGCAUGACAGGUUUCGAGAACCAAUCCCCUCUCCAAUCUCGCCGUGUUUCAUUACCCUAUCCUACCGUUCACUUAUACAUCCCAAGAUCGAGUCUUAAAGUGUGGUGACAGCGACUUCCAGACGUGCCACGGCAGCAAUUCAAGAAGCAGAUACAUAUGUCUGUGUUAGCUGUCAAUCACCGUGCAGAUUUGCGCUCCUGAAAGGGGGAACUCAGCUCCCAACAAUUGUGCCCUACCUUCCCUAGACGCGUCAAGCCGCUCCUGUUGGUCGGAGAGGGUCCGAUCCUCCUCCACUUCCAGUAACCUAAACGACCCGGACCUGCGUGGAAGCAAUCCUACCUUUUUCUCGAACCAUCAAAUCCUUUGCCAGCAACCGGGUUGAAGAAGACCAAACGCAACCAACGCUUUCGUAUUCAUAAUUUGACAUCAAAGGGAAGUGCAAUACUGUCCGCUCAAGAAAAGUCGUUCCACAUAUACAUACAUCUAAGCAAACCCAACCCAAACCGCCAACAUGGGUCUCCUCGGGGAGGGUUUCAUGUUCUCCAGUCGUUCAUCAAAGUCGAAAAGGCCAAAGCCUUCGCAUCGGUCCUCAUCCUCCAGGCAAAGUAAGGAACCAAUCGAACCCAAGGAACGAGACCGGGAGCUCAAGACACGAGAGAGAGAACGAGAACGGGAAUCCAGGGAACGAGAGCGGGAACUAGAACGUCAACAAGAACGGGAGAGGGAUCGUGAACGGGAGCGGGAGCGGCCACCACCACCACCACCAAAGGCCCCCUUUCCUCCUCCAGAUGCCAGUGACAGCAGCGGGAAAAGACGCAGGCAGGAAAUGUACAGCAGGGAGAGUUAUAGAGCGGAUGAAAGGGCAGCAGUAUCGAGAGGAGGACCUGACGGGAGGGAAGGAGCAGAAGGAGGAGCAGGAGGCCUAGUCGGCUUCUUAGCCUCUCUCCUCCUCGGCGACGACGACGACCUUGACGGUAUGGGCUACGGAAGCGACUCCGACUCUGACAACCCGCGGCGCUCACUUCCCAAGACUCCCAAGUCCCGUGGCGGGCAUGGGCAUGUCGAUUCAGACAUGUACGGCGACGAUGCACCUCCACGCGACUACUUUUCCCUUUCUCGAAGGACCAGCAGCCGACUGAUUGACCCUCUCGGCGGCGGCGGCGGUGGUGGUACCCCGCGCAGCAGUCACGGUGGCAGACCGGAAAAGCCUCCCAAACGGCCAUCGUUCUUUAAAUCAUUUUCCUCAUCAGGCAGGCGAAGUUCUUUUUUUGCCAAAUUUCGCCGAUCAUCCUCCUCCUCCUCUUCCUUCUACAAACGCUCUCCCCGCCCUCGCCUCAUCAAAAAGCUCCUGAAGAAACUCAAGCGUCUCCUCCGCGACCUGGCCUACUACGCCCAGCGACACCCGAUGAAAGUCUUUAUGCUUGCCAUCAUGCCACUCAUCACCGGCGGCGCCCUGACGGGUUUACUCGCUAAACUGGGCAUCCGCCUCCCCAAGAUCGUGGACAGACUGCUGGCGCUAGCGGCCAAGUACUCUGCUGGCGACUCGCUGGGUGCCGUAGGGGAAGUGGCGAGGUUGGCGAGGGAUGGGAUUGGUCUUGGUGGUGGUUACGGCGGCGCCGGUGGUAGUAGUAGGAGUGGCGGUGGCGCGGGGACGGCAGCGGCAAUGAUGGGGGAUGCAUUAGCAAGAGGGUUUAACACGACGCAAGUUGAAAGAGGUCGCAGAGGAGAUGGGUCGGUGUGGGAGAAGAGGACGAUGGAGAGAGAUGGGGUGUUCAAUGGGUCUGGAGGACCGGGGUUGAGUUGGCAGGAAGGGUUGAGGAGUGUUUUAAAAAUGUUAUCGGAAUAGGAUGGAGGAAGGCUGACUGACAGACAAGGACAAGGGUGGACAUGUCUAAAUAUUUGGGUGCUUUUGGCGUUCCACGAGCCGGGCGGACACGAUUUCCGGGGGGAUAUGUUGUAUGUGAUACAUGAGGUACGAGACAUGGAUGGUUUGCGGCAUCUAUACCUACUUUCUUGCUUGGAACUUGGUUUGUGGUGGUCCUCGGCGGUUAUCAGCUGGUUACAGAGCAAUAUUGAGUCCUCUGCACCAUAUUACCGACAAAUCUGAUCGAAAAGAAGCAUCACAAAUUUUCACGAGCGAUGGAAGAAAUUGAUUUGAUGGGGAAAUAAAUAUUAAGAACCAUAAACUACCAUAUCUCUCAACGUAAUACACACACAAGACAUGUAGCCA